AUGUCAGAAACUCAAGUAUUCGAUGUUACGACCACAAUAAAGAAAGAAAUAAAACCUUUAGAAGAAGAGAUAGUAGAAGCAACGACGCAUUUAGAUUCGACUGAAUUAUCAGGAACAACGUCACGUUCAACAGAUGAAGAUAAACAUCAUGAUGAUUAUUUGGUUGGUGGUAAUUCUGAGGCCGUGUCAAUAACGUCAUCAAAAUUACUAGAAGAAUAUCCUUCUUCACAUUAUUUAAAAGAAAGGGCAUCAUUAGCACAAAUAUCAGCCUUGAAUAUACUUUCAAGCAUAACACGAGGAUUAGAGUGUAUGCAUGAAUUAGGUUUCAUACAUUAUAACCUUCAUGUGGGAAAUAUAUUAAGGACGGGAACAGGAGAAACCAUUAUUACUGAUGUUGGUAUUAAAAAACCAACGAUUAAAUUUACUUCAUUAUUAAGGGAUAAAGAAGAAAUUUAUGGGGUAUUACCUUAUUUAGCACCAGAAGUGUUGUACUCCAAAAGAUUUUCCAAAGCAAGUGAUGUUUAUGCUUUUGGUAUAAUGAUGAAUGAGAUUAUUUCAGGAUUCCCUCCUUUUAAUAAUGUUGCUCAUGAUAGUGAGUUGGCCGAUGAAAUAUGUCGAGGGACAAGACCAGAAAUUCCGGAGCAUACUCCUAGAUUAUUGGCAGAAGUAAUUAAAAGGUGUUGGGAAACGAUGCCUAUUAACAGACCUUCUGCUAAAGAAUUAAAUGAAUUAUUAACUCAAUGGUGGAAUGAUUUACAAAACGAUAAAUUAUCGGAAAUUAAUGUUCAGUGUAAAUCUUGUGAUGAGAUUUCUAGAAACUCUUCUACUUUCACUCCUACUCCUCUUCUUUAUGUUAGUCAUCCUGAAGCUGUUUAUCAUAGUAGAUUAUUGGAAUUUGAUGAAAUUCCUAGAACCAUUAAUACUAACAGAAGGUCCAAGUUGCAAAAUUCUUUUCCUUAUUCAGAGUCUCGUCAAACUGACGCACAAGAUAAUUUGGAAUAUCAAGAUGACCAAGAUGAUCAUACUGGCUCCUGUCUUUGUCCAUUCAAUUAUUUAUUAAAUUGGUUACAUUCUCUUAAAAAGCUUAAAAAAUAA